ACAGCGCAGCACCAACACCAAAAGAAUUUUAGUGCGCAGGAUCGAGUCCAUUUCUUCUUCGUUCCCCCCGAUCCUCCCAUCCUCUCGACCAUCUUCGACUGAACAUCAAAUCCUCCACACCGCAACCAUGACUACCGAGCAGACCUUCAUUGCCAUCAAGCCGGACGGCGUCCAGCGCGGCCUCAUCGGCCCCAUCAUCUCCCGCUUCGAGAACCGCGGCUUCAAGCUCACCGCCAUCAAGCUCACCACCCCCGGCAAGGAGCACCUCGAGAAGCACUACGCCGAUCUCGCCGGCAAGCCCUUCUUCCCCGGUCUGAUCGCCUACAUGGCCUCCGGCCCCAUCUGCGCCAUGGUCUGGGAGGGCCGUGACGCCGUCAAGACCGGCCGCGUUCUCCUCGGCGCCACCAACCCCGCUGCCUCCGCGCCCGGCACCAUCCGUGGCGACUUCGCCAUCGACGUCGGCCGCAACGUGUGCCACGGCUCCGACUCGGUCGAGAACGCCCAGAAGGAGAUUGCCCUGUGGUUCCAGGACGGCGAGGUGCAGUCGUGGAAGCAGGCUGGUUUCGACUGGAUCUACGAGAAGGCUUAGAUUUGCUGAUCGAGCGCUGAGUGUGGCGCUGGUGCGCUGAGUAGGGCCGUAGGUGGAGCUGGUAGUAGCGACGUGGCUGCUGCGCGGCAUAGUGCCGUGGCGGCGGCUGCCGUGCGAAAGCAGCUCCUUUGGAAGUAUCUCUGCCUGCUGCCUGGAAUGGCACUGGGCGUGCGCAUGACAGCUGUAACGACGCGAUCUAGACGGACAAAAUAGAACCAAAAAUGGGACACAUGCAUGAUCUCGA